CCCUCUUCCACGUACCACCCUCUCUGAAAGUCCCGUACUGCUCAGCGUCAUGUCGGUGGUCACUCCGAAUGUGGUCGCCCAUCUCGACGACGAAUUCGGGCCUCUGCCCUCUGGCUGGGAGGUCAGGAUAGAUCAAAUGGGCAGGCGAUAUUAUGUCGAUCAUAACAAUCGCACUACCCAAUGGAACCACCCUAACAGACCAAUACGGCAGUCAACGCCCGCCAUUCAGCAACAGCAAGUCCAGAAUACCGCAUCACAGAUCUCUUCCCGCAUUCUAGUUGACGAUGUCCUCGAAUCUACCUCAGCUCGCCCUGCAACGAACACUACUGCGCCUUUGUCUGUGGCUGCGGGCAACAACGAUGGUCUUCCGCCAGGCUGGGAGCAGCGCUUCACGCCUGCCGGGCGACCUUACUACGUUGACCACACUACGCGCUCGACAACAUGGAACAAGCCUGGCAAUCCGUCGAAUAACAAUCAACCUGUUUCCAGUAAUGCGCUCGGACCACUUCCCGCUGGUUGGGAGAUGCGUCUUACAUCUACGGGCCGCGUUUAUUUUGUUGACCAUAACACCAAAACGACAACCUGGGACGAUCCACGGUUGCCAUCUUCUUUGGAUCAGAAUGUCCCUCAAUACAAGCGUGACUUCCGCAGGAAACUCAUCUAUUUCCGCAGUCAACCCGCAAUGCGCUGCCAGCCUGGCAACUGUCAGAUUCGAAUCCGAAGGAGCCAUCUCUUUGAAGAUUCGUACGCCGAGAUCAUGCGCCAGUCACCUUCGGAGCUGAAGAAGAGGUUGAUGAUUAAAUUUGACGGAGAAGAUGGCCUUGAUUAUGGUGGCGUUUCAAGAGAAUUCUUCUUCCUCCUAUCGCACGAAAUGUUCAAUCCAUUCUACUGCCUCUUCGAGUACUCCGCACAUGACAACUAUACGUUGCAGAUCAACCCUGCAUCAGGUGUCAAUCCAGAGCAUCUAAACUAUUUCCGGUUCAUUGGCCGUUGCAUGGGUUUGGCCAUCUUUCAUCGCCGUUUCCUUGAUGCGUACUUCAUCGUCAGCUUCUACAAGAUGAUAUUGAAGAAGAAAGUGACAUUGUCGGAUCUCGAAAGUGUUGAUGCGGAACUCUAUCGUGGCUUGAAAUGGAUGCUGGAGAAUGAUAUUACGGAUGUACUUGACGAGACGUUCUCUACCACGGAGGAACGAUUUGGAGAGAUCUUUACGAUUGAUCUUUGCCCGAAUGGCAGCACCAUUCCUGUCACUGAGGUAAACAAAGGGGAGUACGUCGAUGCGGUGGUGAACUACCGUAUAGCGAAACGUGUCAAGGAGCAGUUCGAUGCGUUCAUGGCCGGGAUAAACGAGCUAGUCCCACAAGACCUCAUCAUGGUGUUUGAUGAGCGGGAACUCGAGCUUCUAAUUGGUGGUAUGUCGGAAAUUGAUGUCGAUGACUGGAACAAGUUCACGGAUUACAGAGGCUACGAAGUCAACGAUACGGUUAUCCAAUGGUUCUGGAAGAUUGUCAGAGCAUGGCCUCCAGAGAAGAAAUCCCGUCUUCUCCAAUUCGCAACGGGGACCUCGCGGAUACCCGUCAAUGGGUUCAAGGAUUUACAAGGCUCUGACGGGCCGCGCCGCUUCACCAUCGAAAAGUCAGGCGACCCAUCUCAGUUACCCAAGAGCCAUACAUGUUUCAACCGUAUUGACUUACCACCGUAUACGAAUUACGAAGUUAUGGAGCAGAAACUUACGUUGGCGGUCGAAGAGACUAUGGGUUUCGGACAGGAGUGAAGGGUCACCUACCUGCUUUACUUCUGUCUACAUGUCUUGCCGCAGUGCCGGUUUAUUUGCUCAACCGGUAUUUGUAUGAAUCGUUUCACGCUCAUCAUCAUGUCCAUCAUCACCAUCAUCAACAGCAACAACAGCAACAAUAGCAGUGUCAUAAGGCACUUCUCACUCCAUUCCACAUCACUUAGCUAAGUUAUCUACAUCCCCUCGCAUGCGAUUCGAUUCCUGGCUGCGCCCCCGCGCGCUCAUGGUUAUUAAUCGCACGACUUCUUAACCUUGCAUAUAUACAUAUCCUCUCCUCUCCUCUCCUUUCCUCUCUCUCUCUUCCUCCCGUCUUGAUUCGUUCUGUACAUACAUUCGUUUUCCUCUCCC